UAUUACUGCUGGACCGCACAGUCGCACACUCGGGCUUUCAGAGCACCACCAUCUGUCAUCCCAUAUUCCAAUUGAUUGUUUUCUUCCUCGCAAAACGAUGUCGGAUCACAAGAAAGCCACCAUCAUCGACGGCAAGGCAGUCGCCCAAACAAUCCGAUCCGAAAUCGCGGACGAAGUCCGCCGCCUGUCCGAUACUUACGGCAAGGUGCCUGGUCUAGCGGUGGUUAUUGUGGGGCAAAGGAAAGAUUCACAGAGCUAUGUCAAUAUGAAAAGGAAAGCCUGUGCUGAAGUUGGUAUCAAUUCCAUAGAUUUGGACCUUCCUGAGGAAGUAUCUGAAUCUGAGUUGAUAUCCAAAGUCCAUGAGCUGAAUGUGAAUCCCAAUGUUCAUGGUAUACUGGUACAGCUACCGUUGCCUAAACAUAUAAAUGAGGAGAAAAUAUUGAGUGAAAUAUCACUUGAAAAGGAUGUCGAUGGAUUUCAUCCUCUCAACAUUGGCAAAUUGGCAAUGAAAGGCAGAGAUCCAUUGUUCGUCCCCUGUACGCCAAAAAUAAAGGGCAGCUGGAUUAAGCCUGGUGCUGCUGUAAUUGACGUGGGAACCAAUGCGGUAGAUGAUCCAAGUAAGAAGUCUGGUUAUAGGCUGGUUGGGGAUGUUGACUUUCAGGAAGCAUGUAAGGUAGCCGGAUUUAUAACUCCAGUUCCUGGUGGUGUUGGGCCCAUGACUGUUGCCAUGCUGUUAAAGAAUACCUUGGAUGGUGCUAAGAGAAUUAUAGAAAACUCAAAACUGAUCUCGAGGGCCUUAGAAUAUGAUGGUGGUGGUGGAGUUCCUUUAUUAGUGGUUAGGCUGCCAUUGGUCCAAAUUCUAAAGAAACAAAAGAAACUACAUCAAAGGGACCUCCAGAGAUCAAGAAUGCCACACAUAAAUGAUGAAGAAGGUGAAAUCAAAGAAACAACAUCAAGAAUGCCAAACAUAAAUGAUGAAGGAGGUGAAAUCAAAGAAACAACAAAAACUCAGAAAACCAAGACAAUUAAACCAGGGUGAAAUAAGGAGAACCCAGCAAAGCAAGUCGCAGCAGUGGGAUAGAUAAAGAAAACGACUAAAUAAGCAUAGAAUCCGUAUUUAAGUUGUAACACUCAAUAUGAGUUGCAACAUUCAUUUUAAAUAAAAAGAUAUGUCCUUAUAUUUACGAUUUUUGAUAACCAUCAAGUUUCUUUGGAGAUUUUAAGAUCC